AGUUACCAUUUCGGCUACAACCAAAAAUUGAGGAGCGGCUAUGAUUUUGCUAUACUUUUCGGUGUGCAUUUUGCUACCGUCCUCUUUAGUGUUAUUUACAAAUGGCCAACACUCAAGCGUGCGUGAAGCAUCGCCAAAUUCGAUGGUAUACCUCAACAUGUUACAAGCAUUACAAAAAGCCAUCUUGGAUGUGUAUCAGGAUUCUGCAACAUCUUCUACAAAUACGCAAUCUUUGGAACUACCAAAAAUGGACACAAAACAUUACGACGAGAUAGCUAGGAAGAUAAAAGAAUUUAAUAACCUUGGGUACAGUGAAUUGGACACCUAUAACAACGCUUUCAAGCAAACAACCAUACCUUCAUUGUCAUCUGUGAUGAAUACAGCACCAAGUAUAGCGCCAUUCGUUCCAACUGUUUUUAGCAACGGAGUGGGAUCAUUGGGAAGUGUUGCACCUCAGUACAGUACGUUAACUUCUACUUACCCUAAUACAUACACAACGCUUCCACAAAUACCCCAAUAUGGAAAUAUUGGGGCAAUGCAGGGAAAUAUGGGGUUAAAUGCAAUGUCUCCACAACCAUAUACCGACGUCAAUUCCUUGCAAACCGGGUCACUGUCAGGAAUGAACCAAUUUGGAGGUAGUGGAUUAUACGGGAAUCGUAAUAUAGGUAUGGGAUUCAACAGUUACAGUGCCAACAACUUACAACCAUUAGGAAAUCAGUUCAAUUCUCCUCUCUAUAAUUUUGACAAUUAUCCGUCUUAUGGUGGUAGUGGAAACACACUAUUAGGCGACAAUAAUUAUGGGGCUAUGUAUACACCUCGCGAAUUUCUCUCUGCGCCAUCCGCUGGACCACUAUCGGCGGCAUCGGAACUGUCACCAAGCUAUGCGGAACCCCCUCGUUACGGCGAACCUUUGUGGGGUUCGUCAUCACGGUACAAUCGGGGACAGAGGGCAGCUAUGUACGAGCAGGGUGGACCAUUCAGGCACACAGCGCGUGCAAACUUGAGGAACCGUAUUCAUAAUGUCAAAAGGAUAAAAUCUAGAUAUGCCCCAUCGUAUCAAGUUUCUAAAGAGAAGCCAUCGUCGAAACCAAAGUACCUUAUUAUAAAAUCAUCGUCAUAG